AUGAGGUGUGUGACACCAUAUGAGCUUUUCAGCAGAGGCAUCUUUAUGAAUUUGAAUACUCAUAAUCUGCUCGGCAGUGAAUGGGUCGAAAAUGUUGUUGACAAGAUAUGCAUUCUAUCCAUGGGCAAAGCUGAAAAGAAGUUAACUGCUUUAACUGAAGAAUGUGGUAUAUCGUUAGUAUCAUCUGGUAAAGAAACAAGCAUGGAUUUGGAGGAAAAAGAUUUCAUUAGUGAAUUACCAAAUUCACUAAUUCACCAUAUACUCUCUUUUCUUCCAACCAAAUGUGUUGUUUCGAUUACUGUGUUGUCUAAAAGAUGGAAAAAUCUCUGGCUACAAGUACUUGUUCUUGAUUUUAGUCAUUCUGAGGACGAAGAAGAUUCUGACGAUGAAGAGGAGACCAACAGUGACAGCCGCUACUUGGAUCAUAACCGUGCGAAGGAAUGGAUUGCUACUGCAGUGAAGUGUAGGGUUGAAGAGAUCAUUCUUUCCAUGAGCUAUCCAGAAGACACGCUUGUGACGCUUCCUGUUUGCCUGUUCACUUCUGAAUCAUUAACUAAGUUGGAAAUUGAUUUUGAAGAUAAUUAUAGUUACUGCACCCUAGAUCUUCCGCAUGCAAUUUCAUUUCCAAGACUAAAGAUCUUGCGGAUUUCGGGUAUUGAUUUUCAGGAUGAGGUAUUGGUUCGACAACUUUUUUCAAGCUGCCCUUUACUUGAAGAUUUAUGUUUGACAGAUUGUGAUUUCUGUCAUAUAAACCUCUCAAGUAUUUCAGCUCCUAAAUUGAAGUCAUUUACUCUAACCGGUGGUAUGCCAAUGGUGUCUGUCGGGCUCAAGAUUGAUGCACCAAACCUAGUGUCAAUCAAAACCCUCUUUAAUUUUGAUUCUAAUCGAUUGGACGGGGAUUGGCUACCGGUGGAUUUCGUCGUGGAUAACUUUCCGUCUUUAGUUCAUGUUGAUUUAUGCUUUCGAGGGUUUUUUCGGUCCAGUGAUGAUUUUCAUACAUUAUCUAAGUUUAUAAUGAGGCUAUCUAAUGUACAACGCCUGCAUUUAUCGAGCGACUACAGUGGACAGGAGAUUAAAAGGCUCAUAAAUAUCCUCUCCACAAGCCUCCCUACAUUUGAAAAUUUGAUCCAUCUGGAAACGGAAUUUACUCGAGCUUACACAUUACUCAAAUUUCUACAAUUUACUCCCAAUUUGGAAUCACUCACCAUUGUUCGGACGUUGCGUUAACAUAGACACUGAGGACUCCUCCGCAUCAUAUUUGGUGCCUCGUUGUUUGCUGCUACAUCUCAGGACAAUCAAAGUUCGGAAGUUUGAAGGACAACCAGAGGAGCUGAAAUUGGUAAAAUGUUUUUUGAAGAAUGGCCGAACUCUUCAAGUGUUGCUUAUUGAAAUUGGAAUUACUUCACAAUCUGUUGCCGAGUUGGAAAAGAAAAACCAAAUCAUGGAGUUGUUGCUUAAGUAUCCUAAGGCUUCAACGAAUUGCAUGGUUAAGAUUUUGAGUUCCUAAGUAGUUUCUUUGAUUUUUUUUUUUUUUGAAGGCAAGUCAUAAUUCCAUUUUGAGGUUAAGACUAGAGGGCCAUGCCUUGUAUGAUCUCAAUUCAAGACGACUAGUACUGCUCCUACAGCUUUUUAUUUAAUACGAUUGAGAUACAUAUUUUGUUAACUAAA